CGUGCGGAGGCGGCCCGAGGCCUAGUGACAGGCGCGCGGCGCGGACCCCGGAAGCCCACCUGUCAGAGUUACCGGUCAGCCGGGCGGGCGCCGCCGGGGUCUGGGGUGGACGCCGCGAGCCUGCACGUUGCGCCGGGACCCCGGGGCUGCGCCCAGAAAAAUCAUUUUUCUUCUCUGGGAAGGCGAACAUUUGUAGCAUUGAUUUCCCGGAUCUGGUAACAUGGCAAAAGAUGCCGGUCUAAUUGAAGCCAACGGAGAACUCAAGGUCUUCAUAGACCAGAACCUUAGUCCCGGAAAAGGCGUGGUAUCCCUCGUGGCCGUUCACCCCUCCACCGUCAACCCGCUCGGGAAGCAGCUCUUGCCAAAAACCUUUGGACAGUCCAAUGUCAACAUUGCCCAGCAAGUGGUAAUUGGUACGCCUCAGAGACCGGCAGCAUCAAACACCCUGGUGGUAGGAAGCCCACACACCCCCAGCACUCACUUUGCCUCUCAGAACCAGCCUUCCGACUCCUCACCUUGGUCUGCCGGGUGAGCACUUCCCUCUGGACCCUUAGAGUUGUAGGAUUGCUUGCGGUUCGCACCUCCACGUACUCCUGGGCCACGUGUGUCACACAGUCGUGCGAUGGGGCUCCCACGCGCGUUGAUGUCAGCCUC